GAAACACUCAAUCUACCUCUGCACUAUUUUGGUCUGUUUCGACGAUCUCACAGCCUAGAGAUGCUAUAUACCCACGUACCCCUGAGCACACACCAUCCUUUCGUGCCAUGUUCUAAGAUAGGUGAGCCGGGGUUCUAGUCAAAGCAUCCCACGCCAGACACGGUUGCUGUCUCAGCCUCGACAACCGGCGUGGCGUGAUCAUGGAACACACGACUGCGUCUUCUACCCUCCCGCGGGUGGUUCCAGGCACAGCUGCGGGGUUGAUAGCCUCAAUCGACCCUGAAUUGACGUACCUGCUCCCGAAUCGGUUCGACGGGGACAUCUUCUCUUCUUUUGUGGACGGCACAAAAACUGCCGACAGCACCAUCAAUGAUAUUCUUUCCUCAGCUCGGGACAAACCUUUCAUCUCAUUCGACGACCACUUCCUCUCCUUGCUUGGCUCGAGCCCAAAAAUUGAACUGAUUGACGAGCGCGAGGAAAACUUCGCAGGUGAGGCAGGCGUCUGGAUCCGCGAGCGUAACGAAGUCUGGUACACGACAUGGAUUGUCGAUGGUCCCACCCAUGUCGAGAUUCUUGAUCUCCCUUCACGAACCGUGCGCAAGCUGCAACCGUCGCAGCCUCUGGAGAAUCCCAACGGCGGCUAUUUCCACGAUGGACUCGUCUACUUCACAUGUGUGCGGGACGAUUCAAGAGGCUGGCCUGGCGGAGUCGUAUCUGUUGAGCCUAACACGGGUCAUGUCGAAACCGUCCUCAACUCCUACUUUGGUCUCAAGUUCGAUACCAUUGACGAUCUAUGUUGGGUCACCAAAGCUGGGACCAACGAGUCCUACAUGUUCAUCACAGUACUUCCUUUUCCACACCCUGUGUCGAACAAUAAUAUUACUGUUCCUCAAGGUCUUUGGCGAUGGGAUCCGCGCCAAAAGCUCCUGCUUCCAGCAACUAGCCGCACCGAGUUUCCGGUUGCUAAUGGUGUACGCCCGUCCCGCGAUCACCGCAGUCUAUGGGUCACAGACUUUGGUGGAGAGGAGCGUAGUCGCAUCUGGGGUUUACCUGCUAAGCUUGGAGCUCCGGCAGUAUAUCGCUACGACCUCGACGAGGAUAUGUGGCCCGUUCGCAAGCGCAUCUUCUCCGUGGCUCGAAUGCAGGCCCCAGACGGCAUUAGGCUUGACGACCGUGGUCGGGUGUGGACAGCAGAGGGUGAGGGCGUGGUAGUACGAAGCGCUGAGGGAAGAGUACUGGGAAUCUUCAAUGCGCACUUCUUCACACGCGACCCCGUCAAGACAGCCAUUGUACAAUUCGAGCUAGCGGGCAAAACCCUUGUUAUCCUUGGUCAGAAUAGGCUCUGGACGAUUGAGCUGAACGAGCAGCUUGUGCAGUAGCCGGGGCUGGCGCAGCGUGGAACGCUCAAAGAUGCCUGAUGGCGUCCACACGAUAUGAUUCGUGCUGCGCUAUCAAGGACAGUGUGCAAGGCUGAACAAGUAUAUUCAGUCAGACAAGGAACGAAACCAACCCAAAGCACACUGGUUACUGGAGUUGUCCAGUACACUUUCAAUUAUCUCUACGAAUAUUAAGUAGCAGCAGGACUUCACACGUGCUCACCCUUUGGUUCGCGAGGCUGUGCGAGCUUUUUGUUUCGAAAG